AUGAAUAAAAAUUAAACUCACUGUCAAAUAUGAGAAGAGCUACUUUGAAGAAGCACUAAUCCUAUCAGAGAAAGAGAUCCAUAAUGCUGAGGACUAUCAGGACAUAUAUUCCUAUGGAUAUAACUUAAAAAGAGAGUAUGAUGAAGGAAAUAAAGAAAAGGAUUACAUGAAAUACAAGAGAAUGGUAUCAAUCAUAAGAGAUGUCCAAAAUGGAGCAAUUUGGCUACAAGAUAUUUACAAAGACUAUAAAUGGAGCAAAGAUGAACUUAUAUGCUCAAAUAUCGGCCAUGCAAUUCCCAAAUCCGACUACUUCAUCGUCCUCUGUGGUCACUCCGGUUGGAAGCUCAAAAUCCCCCCAGUCUGGGCCAAAGAAGCCUCUAAAACCCUCGAAGAUGCUACUCUACACCACCACCUCAUCUCCCACCUCUCGUCCCAAAAAAACACCCCUCACGCCCCCUUCCUCACCACCUACCAAUCCCUCACCUUCACCAAAUCCCCACCGCCCACAUCCCUCGACUCCCUCCUCUCCCUCACCAACACAAACUUCCCCAACCUCCGCCUCAGUUCCCCACUUAAAAUCCAAAAAUCCAGCUUGCCUCCCCAAAUGACCGACCAACUGUCCAACCUCCCCUACUACCACUCCAGUAACUUCCAAAACCUGUACCUCGUCGAGUCCAAAAACCCUCAAAUUCAUACAACAAAACCCUUGUAUUGCACUUGGGAAAAUUCGUCAGAAUUUUCCCAAAGUGAAUAUGUGGAAUUUCACGUACAGAAUUAUGAAGUUUUGAAAGUGGCGAAGAAGGGGUUUGGAAUUUGGUAUAUGGCUGAUAGGAAGUUUGAGCGAGGUAAGGAAUUUGAGGUUUUUGAGAGGCCGAAGUGGAGGAUGAAGUGGUGGGAUGAGAAGAGGCAUGGGGUUGAUUUUAAUGGGGUAAAGGACUUUUUGGAGGGGAAUGAGAUCGAGGUGUAUGAUGAGAGGAGUUUAAGGCUGUAUGGAGGGGGGCAGAAGGAGAAGUAUGAGAAGUAUGAGGAGAGUGGUGAGAGUUGUGAUGAGAGUAAUGAUGAAGAUGGUAUGUUUGCGGAUAAUUAUAGUAUGAACGGAGAGGAGGAAGUUAGAGGAGAGUAUUAUGGGAAUGUAGAAAUGGAAGAUGAUGAUUCUAUGAGGGGUCAUUUAACACCGGAAAUGUCUCCAUUUUAGACAUAUUUUGGUGUAAUUAAU